GUUUUAAAGACUAGUUAUCACUAUUUUAUUAAAUUUUACUUGGUUUUGAAUUUUCUUAUUGAGUUUUAUUUUAUGAAACAGAAAAAAAUAUACUAUGCCCUGAAUAGUUGAAUUAUCUAUUGUAUAAUUUGGGCUUUAUUUUUUAGAAGAAUUGUUCAUUUAUACAUUUGCCGGCGGCGGCCAUGGCUGCUUGCACAUCCUCUCCAGUAUUUGUCUAUUCACCGAAUGAAGACUCAGUGCUUCAAGUGACAAAGGAGGCCUAUGACAACUGUACCACAGAUGCACCGCUGGCCAAAUACACCGACGGCCACACCAUCGUCAGCCUAAACCGGUCCGGACCUUUCUAUUUCAUUAGUGGAAACAAAGAUAACUGCCUCAAGGAUGAGAAAUUGGUGGUGGUUGUCUUGGCAGGCAGAAGCAAUACUAGUACCACCAACGCCACGGCUCCUGCCUCUCCUCCUCUAGCUGCUUCCCCUCAGUCACCUCCAGCUUCAGUCCCAGCACCCUAUGGUGAGUCUCCACCUACCCCAACUCCAGCACCUCUAGCUGCUUCCCCUCGGUCACCUCCAGCUUCAGUCCCAGCACCCUAUGGUGAGUCUCCACCUACCCCAACUCCAGCACCUCUAGCUGCUUCCCCUCAGUCACCUCCAGGUUCAGUCCCAGCACCAGCACCAGCACCCUACAGGGAGUCUCCACCUAACCCAACUCCGGUGCCUACCGAGCAAUCUCCUGCUUCUCCUCCUCAAGCUGCUUCCCCUCCGUCACCUUCAGCCUCAAUUCCAGCGCCGGCACCCUCCAUUUACUCUCCACCUAAUGCCCCGUCUCCGGCUCCUACCCAGCAAUCUCCCCCGGCAAGUGCUGCUUCUUCUGUCUUUAUCGGUGUUACAGGCUCUAUUGGAGCAUUUCUUGCUUCAUAUAUACUUCUAUCAUUCUAAGUAGGAAAUUUGCAUAUAUGGGAGUUUUUCUUGGCAUUCAUGUUUUCUAUAUAAUGAUUUUCCCUAGAUUGAGCUCAUUGGGUUCGAUUGUGUAUUAAUUUCUGAAUAAUGAGCUGCAAAUUGAUAGUGUAUGUAACUAUAUAUGUUGUACCGUAUGUUUUUGCUCGGAAAUAUGAGAAAAAUAAAUGGAUUUUCGAAUG